CAAAUUUUCGCGUUGGAUAAAUAGAGCUUCAAACGCCUUUACACUUUUAGAUUCAAUAUUCAAUUUUAUCUCUAUUUGGCAGUUAUCGGUUGUUCCGUCACUUUACUUUAACAACUCAACAUGUCCGGAGGUCUGAAAGUUCUUGCUCUGCAAAAGGAUGAUGUCACGAAGAUGCUGGCCGCUGGCACCCAUCUUGGAGCCGGAAACGUUAACUUUCAAAUGUUGAGUUACGUGUUCAAGAAGAGGAACGACGUUUGCAUCAUUGAUGUAAAAAAGACCUGGGAGAAGCUCCUUCUAGCCGCACGUGUGAUCGCUAGUAUCGAGAACCCCGCUGACGUUUGUGUCAUCUCAUCGAGAAACUACGGACAGAGAGCCGUCCUGAAGUUUGCUCUUCACACCGGAGCUACUGCCAUCGCCGGCCGAUUUACCCCUGGUACAUUCACUAAUCAGAUCCAGGCUGCUUUCAAGGAGCCCAGACUUCUGGUUGUGACCGACCCCUGUGCCGAUCACCAGGCUAUCAUGGAGAGCAGUUACGUUAACAUCCCCGUUAUCUCUUUCUGCAACACCGAUUCCCCCACCAAGUACGUCGACAUUGCCAUCCCCGCUAACAUCAAGAGCAUCCACUCUGUUGGUCUUAUGUGGUGGCUGCUGGCUCGGGAAGUACGCAGAAUGAGAGGAGAUACCCCACGAACCAUCGACUGGGAUGUCAUGCCCGAUCUGUACUUCUUCCGCGAGGAGACCAAGGAGGAGGAAGAGGUUGCCGAGGUACCUGAAGUACAACCUGCUCAGGAUACUUACAACGCCGCUCCUGUCGUCGCUGAUCCCUUCGCUGUUGCCGCCGAACCUUUGGCCGCUGCUGCUGAACCUCUCACCAUGAUCGCACCUGCUUCCACCUUCCCAGCUAAAGAAGAGUGGGUAGCCGAGCCUGCCACUGGCGGUGCUGAUUGGGGAGCUGAGGCCACUACUACUGACUGGGGUGCUGAAGGCACUGUUGACUGGACCACCUAAACCCUGAAUGUUCAGUUUUAAUAUUUAUUUUAA